GAGCUAUUAAAGCGUGCAGAGAUAGUGCUGGUUAUCAGCAGACAACUGGCCACAAGACAGAUCUCACCCCUGUCACUGUGCGGCCUAACUCCUCUUGCAAGUGGAUAAGGGAAUUGCUACUUGGAUUUACCAUCAGCAGAUCAGCCUUGAACACAAACAAUAUACAAAGAAGCUUACAGGGGAUACGUUUUUAUAUUUCCUCGUAGAUUGUCUUCCCAGCUGUCUGAGCUUGUUUUGUGGACACUCAGUGAAUGGGCACAACUACCCUCUGACCUGCUGCUGCAAUACCUGUGAAGCAAAAGUCUCCAGAGCUAUCAGUUGAGAGCCUCAGCUGUACUGGGGCUCAGAGGGCACCGACUAGAGAUGUAUGAGGUGCAGGCAACAGCCCUUCCAUCCUCCUCCCCCAUCUCCUCUUCUCCCCAUUCAUCCUACUCCUCAUCUCUAGCUGGGGACUCAGAGAUAGACGUGGAGAGCCUGGAGCUGGAGGGCUAUGAGCAAACUGAGAUCUGCAGAUCAGGGGACCCAGGGGAGGAUGAUGAAGAAGACGAGGAACAAGAGGGGACCCCAACUAGCAAACCAGAGAAGCCAGCAGAGAAAGGCGCGGAGCAGAGGAAGCUCAGUAGGACUCCCAAGUGUGCCAGAUGCAGGAACCAUGGGGUAGUGUCCUGCCUGAAGGGGCACAAGCGCUUUUGCCGCUGGAGAGACUGUCAGUGUGCCAACUGUCUGCUGGUGGUGGAAAGGCAGAGAGUCAUGGCAGCCCAGGUGGCACUCAGGAGACAGCAGGCUACUGAGGAUAAGAAAGGUCUCUCAGGAAAACAAAAUAUUGCGGAGAGAAAAACAGUUUAUCAGAGGCAUAUAAGGACACCAAGCUUGCUGGCCAAAAGCAUUCUGGAAGGCUACAGGCCAGUCCCAGCAGAUUCCUACAUAACAGGCAAUCCCACCUUACCAGCCCCUGUCAGCGACAGGAUGAGGAAAAGAAGGGCAUUUGCAGAUAAGGAACUAGAGAACAUAAUGCUGGAAAGGGAGUUUAAGGAGAGGGAGAUGCUUGAAGCUACUCAGACUGCCAGUCUCUUCCUACCAAAUCGUAUGGUUCACUCAUCCGAUUACAAUAACUACAAAACUGCCUAUAGGCCCUCACAGGUGGAGGCCCCAAACAAAGAGUUCUGCAAUUUCCUUCCUACAUGCCUUGAUCUCACCAUGCAGUAUUCAGGAUCAGGGAAUGUAGAACUUAUUUCUUCCAAUGUCAGUGUGGCCACGACAUACAGACAGUACCCAAUGCCACCCAGGUUUUUGGUAUGGCCCAAAAGUGGCCCUAUCAGUGAUGCUCUUCUUUAUCAGCAAUGCCUAUUAAACGCCACAGCAAUGCAAGCGAUGAAGCCAGCAUCGCACUGGGACUCAAAAAACAACCAAGUCAUGGAGGGUCAGGUUCCAGAUCAUGAUUUAGUGCCCCCCAAAAUGGAAACCCCAGUCCUACAUCCUCACUCAGGGCAAAUUGAACUUCGCAACCUUCCACAGGACAGUGGAGAAAGAUCUGCAUUCUCCCCACCAAAAAGGACAUACUCUCAGAUUUCUAACAAGGACCAUAUUAUCAACCCUACUGAUAACCUAAUAAGUAAACUUAGUAAAGACGUUAAACAGCCAUUGUCACUGAAAUAUAAUCCCUUCCACUCCUUAUUUCAACACGCACAGCUGGAUAAGUCACUGCCAGAAAUGAAAACCAAGGAACUCUACGAGGAACAAUCAAAGACAUUUAAAGAAUGUUCUUCCAAAGAAAAUCAAAAGUACAAAUUCACCAUUGACCGAUGCAACAAGGACCUAUUCUUAGCAAAGGAAACUGGAAGUAAAAUUUCAGCUAACGAUCCCUUGCCAUUUUCUGUAGAGUCCAUUCUUAAGAGACCCUCAACCACAGUAUCACGUUCUAAUCAGUAAGUGGACUUCCAUGUGUGGCUACUGGUUUCUACUCUUGAAGACAUUAUCUAGUAUCCACCCUGAACGUUUGCACUGGGACGUUCGGUUGUAGAUGACAGUUUAAUAAUAUGUAUAUAAAUAUAUUUGCAUGAUGUUUAACUCUUGUAUAAUUUAUAUUUAAAUUUAAAAUAUAUGAUCUGCAUAUGUGAAUUGUAAAGUAUUUGAAUGUAUAACUAUAUAAAUAUAUAUAAUAAAUGAAGACGUAAAAUA